UGUGCAUAUACGACUGGUGAGCACUGUAAAGCUUUAGCAGCUAGACUUUUUGUUUACAUUUCAAUGAAUAACUUGUGCCGAGCUUUGGCUUCCAACUUUCCAGUUAUGGUACUGCAAACAUGGCCAAGCUUUGUAUUUUUAAUUUUUUUUUUUUAAAUUUUUUGUUUGUGCUUAGCAAGCUAUUGACAACAAUGGAUUCUUAUCGCAACAAUCUGUUGUUGCCACUGUGCCGUGUUUAUUUCUCGCACUAGUCUUGCUGGAGAACCUCAUCUCCACUCGACGCUCAGUCUCGAAAGCUCUGUCGAAGCAGACAAACGCGUUUUCAGUUUAUCGGUUCGCUCUCCCAGCGCAGAUGGGUAAACAAAUAUACAAUGCAUCCAAAAGCUAUACACACACUGAUCUUGUUUAUUGUGGCUUGCUGGAGUGUUUGCGGCGUGGAGCUGCGCCUCUAUUCUCCCACUAGCAAAUAUGAUCGCAUUGUGUUUCCCGUUGACAACGAUGAGCCGAUGUUCAACUACUACAAUGAAACCAGCAGCACCACUAGCACCACCAGCACUACCACCACCAGCAGCAGCAGCAUCACCACCACAGAAUCACCAUUAAACAAGACCAGCAUGGCUUCCGAAGAGGUUCAUCCGCUUAAAAAUAUCAGCAGCAUCACAACAACAACGGCGACGACAACGGAACUACCCAAUUUGGAUAAUCGCAUUCUGCUUGAUACUGAUGCCGCCUGUCAACCGGGCUUUUCGCUACGAGCGGGUCGUUGUCGCAAAUCUGCCUGAGCAGUAUUUUUGGUUAUGAAAUUAAGUAUACAAUUAUACAUAGUGUUGAAAUGCAUGUGUGUGUGUUUCUGAAAUAGUUAUUAAUAAAGGCAAAAUAUUCCCUGAGAUUGUCAAA